AUGUCAAACCUUCAAGAGCAACAACCAUUUUCGCAACAAAAGCAACAAUUAAAUUUAAAGAUUAAAAAUAUAAAAUUGAAAAGAAUCAAUGAAUUAAACAAUAAAUUGAGAAACGAAUUGAGUCGUGAAAGAAUUACUGCAUCAAAUGCAUGCUUAACAAUUAUAAAUUAUACAAAUAAUACAAAAGAUUAUACUUUGCCUGAUAUUUGGGGAUAUCCACCACCUGGUUCCAACCAUUUUAGAAAUAAUUUAAAACGAUCCAUACAAAGACCAACUACUUCUUCAAAUUCUGCCGGAUGUUGUACCAUUAUGUGA